UAUUCGUGCACACGCAAAACAAUCUCCCCAGAACCAGCGGAGCUCAAAACAAGAGAGAUUUGUUUUCCAGCAAAAUUUGAAUUCCAUAAAAUGGGGAGUGAAGGAAAAGAAUUCAAAGCUGCUGAAAGGAAACUGAGAUUGUUAUGCCUCCAUGGAUUCCGUACCAGCGGCGAAAUCAUCAGGAAACAAGUCACCGGAAAAUGGCCGGAAUCUGUUCUCAACAAAUUGGAUCUUGUUUUCGUCGACGCCCCUUUUCCCUGUCAGGGAAAAUCCGAUGUGGAAGGAAUCUUUGAUCCUCCAUAUUAUGAGUGGUUCCAGUUCAACAAGGAAUUUACGAAAUAUGAAAAUUUUGAUGAGUGUCUUGCUUAUAUAGAAGAUUGCAUGAUCGAAAAAGGGCCGUUUGAUGGCCUUCUUGGUUUUUCACAGGGAGCAAUUUUAUCAGCUGCAUUGCCCGGAUUACAAGCCAAGGGUGUGGCUCUUACAAGAGUACCCAAGAUUAAAGUGCUGGUAAUUAUCGGGGGUGCAAAAUUCAGAGAUCCAUCGAUUGUCGAGAACGCUUUUUCUUCGCAAAUUCAAUGCCCCUCAGUUCACUUCUUAGGGGAUCAAGAUUUCUUGAAGCAGCAUGGAACUGAACUGCUGGAUUCUUUUAUAGACCCCCUCGUGAUUCGUCAUCCAAAGGGCCACACUAUACCACGAUUCGAUGAAAAGGGUUUGGAGAACAUGCUAAGCUUUCUUGGGAGGCUACAAAACGAGUUCGAAGACGAAGUCGAAGACGAGAAACAAGAGAUUGGUUUGAGCAUUACUUCGUAGUGACAUCGAAAUUAGCAACUACUCUCAAAUUGCAAUUGUAAUACUACAAAUAAUUAUGUAAGAGAUUGAUCAUCUUUUGAAAGUAUUUAAUUUAAAGUUUAUCUUGUAUGA